AUGUCCUUCGACGCUGACGUUCUAGUUGUUGGAGCCGGCCCUGUGGGCCUCAUCAGCGCGUUGACGCUCGCCAUGAACGGCGUCAAGGUGCGCAUUGUGGAGAAGCUGCCCGCGCUAGCCGUUGGGCAACGCGGCGCGGGUAUCAUGGUGCGCACCAUGGAGACAUACCUUAUGCUUGGUAUUGCCGAUGAGAUCAAGGCCGCGGGCUCUGUCGUCGUGCCUGUGAAGCAAUACGAUGCUGAAGGGAAACCCUUCGAAGAAUUCAACAUGAUGGAAAGCCUGAAGAAGGCGCCUGGCUUACCCGAGACGGAUCCCUGGAUAUUCGGUCAGGAUGGCGUGUGCAAGAUCGUCUCUCGGCGCUUGAAGGAGCGGUUCGAUACCAACGUCGAGUUCGGCACUGAACUUACCAACCUCGAGCAAGACGAGACGGGCGUCACGGCCACAGUUCAGGUGCAGGGUACUACACAGACGAUUCGUGUCAAGUAUGUGGUUGGAGCGGAUGGAGGGAAAGGUGCUACUCGCCGCUUUACGGGCGCCCAGCUGAUCAGUCAGUCGGAUGCAGAGGGCAGGAUGCUCAUCGGAGAUCUGGAGUUGACUGGGUUUGAUACGAAGCACUGGCAUCAUUUCGCGGACGGGAAGGGUAACAUCCUCGCCGUGCGCCCAGUACCCGAAGAACCCAAGUUGUUCUUCAUCGUCGCUUUUGGUCCGGACCUCGACAUUGCCAGGGCGACUACGGAUAUAGAACAUCUUCUCGAUUGGCUGCACAAGUUGACGAAGCAUACCGAUAUCGCCAUUAACAGGGUCUCUACCUUGGCAGACUGGAGGCUGAAUGUACGCAUGUGCGAGAAGUUCCAAUCUGGAAGGAUAAUUCUGGCUGGCGAUACUGCCCAUCUUCAUAGCCCAACCGGCGGACAAGGCCUCACUAGCGGUAUCAUGGACGCGAGGAACUUGAGCUGGAAGGUCGCUCUCGCAUGCAAGGGAUUGGCCUCGCCUAAGCUACUCAACUCUUACAGCGAAGAGCGCGUCCCCGUUAUCAGCGACAUGCUCAAGAUCACAACCAAGCUAGCAACCGCAACCUUCAAGGCUAAGCCGGAUGCAGAGGCGUUCAAACGUCCGACGAAUCUGGCCCAGAUCGGCGUACACUACCGCUGGAGCCCGAUCGUGUACGAUGGCCUGCGCGUUGGCGAUGCGCAAUUCGAGAGUACGAACCUCUCGCCGACGAGUACCUACGGCAGCGAUGAAGAGACGCGCGUACAGGCUGGCGAUCGUGCGCCCGAUGCCCCGGGUCUCGUUGGUUCUGAAGGCGAGACGACGCUCUUCAACCUCUUCAAUGUUGGUCGGCACACUGUCAUCGUCUUCGAUCCCAGCCGCACCGCUGCGAUCCGCGCCGUCGUCGAGAAGUAUCCGAAGGAGUGCAACAUCGAUGUUGUGACGGUUUUGCCGAAGGGUUCAGAGAAGCAGGAUGGUGCACUGGUGGACUCACAAGGUCACGCUGCUCACGGGUAUGGUGUGGAGGCUGGUGUUGCUGUUGCUGUUGUUCGUCCGGACGGAGUCGUUGGCGCGCUCCUCAAGGCCGAAGACGACGCCGACAUUUACUUUUCCCGCGUGUUCUCAGUCUGA